AUGGCGCCCGUUGUGACGGGGAAGUUUGGUGAGCGACCUCAACCUCAGCGUUUGACAAGGGAGGCUAUGAGGAAUUACUUGAAGGAGAAAGAUGAUCAAACAGUGCUCAUACUACACGCAAAAGUUGCACAGAAGUCCUAUGGCAAUGAGAAAAGGUUUUUCUGCCCUCCACCAUGUGUGUAUCUGAUGGGCAGUGGCUGGCAGAAGAAGUUAGAGAAUAUGGAGAGGGAGGGUUGCUCCGAGCAGGAGGCCCAGCCCUGUGCCUUCAUUGGCAUUGGCAACAGCGAGCAGGAGAUGCAGCAGCUCAAUCUGGAGGGGAAGCAUUUCUGCACAGCUAAAACGCUGUACAUCAGCGACUCGGAUAAAAGGAAACACUUCAUGCUGUCUGUGAAGAUGUUAUAUGGGAACAGCUCCGACAUUGGAGUCUUCCUCAGCAAGAGGAUCAAGGUCAUCUCCAAGCCUUCCAAGAAGAAACAGUCCUUGAAGAAUGCAGACUUGUGUAUAGCAUCGGGGACUAAAGUGGCAUUGUUUAACCGCCUGCGCUCCCAGACAGUCAGUACCAGGUAUCUCCAUGUGGAGGGGGGAAAUUUCCACGCCAGCUCCCAACAGUGGGGGGCCUUCUACAUCCACCUCUUGGAUGAUGAUGAGUCUGAAGGAGAGGAGUUUGCUGUGAGAGAUGGCUACAUUCACUAUGGCCAGACGGUCAAGUUGGUCUGCUCUGUUACUGGCAUGGCCCUACCCAGACUGAUCAUUCGUAAAGUGGACAAACAGACAGCAUUGUUGGAUGCAGAUGACCCAGUGUCCCAGCUCCACAAGUGUGCCUUCUACCUGAAAGAUACAGACAGAAUGUAUCUCUGUCUUUCACAAGAGAGGAUCAUCCAGUUCCAGGCCACACCAUGCCCCAAAGAGACUAAUAAGGAGAUGAUUAAUGACGGGGCCUCCUGGACCAUCAUCAGCACUGACAAGGCAGAAUACACCUUUUAUGAGGGCAUGGGCCCUGUCCCCACACCUGUCACACCUGUCCCUGUGGUGGAGAGUCUACAGUUGAAUGGUGGGGGAGAUGUGGCUAUGUUGGAGCUGACAGGACAGAACUUCACCCCUAACCUCAGAGUCUGGUUUGGAGAUGUGGAGGCUGAUACCAUGUACAGGUGUGGAGAGAGCAUCCUGUGUGUGGUCCCAGACAUCUCUGCCUUCCGGGAGGGCUGGCGCUGGGUAAGACAGCCGGUUCAAGUCCCUGUCACCCUGGUUCGCAAUGAUGGAAUUAUAUACGCCACCGCCCUCACUUUCACCUACACCCCUGAACCGGGCCCCCGACCACACUGCAGUGCUGCUGGGGCAAUUCUCCGGUCACACAGCACCUCUUCAUCAUCACCAGCAUCGUCAUCUUCACCAUCUUCCUCCUCCUCGCUCGGUGGGCUUGGGGAAGGCCAGGGGCCCUAUGCCACCAGCGACUCAGCCAGUAGUAUGUCAUCAGGGGCGUCGGCCAUGUCGGUGCUGUCAUAGUAAUACCUAUUUGUAUGUGUGUGUGUGUGGUAAAUGAAUGAUUGAGCAAAGGUGUGCGUGUACUUCCCAAAGAGGCUCAUGGACCUGUGAAGAAAAACACACCAAGUCAGUAACUCUUCAUCGGGGAGCAGUUGUGUUCAUCAGGAGCGUAAAAGAGAGUUGAGAGACAAGUUCAAAGAAAAAGACUUGGGAUAACUAAUUCUCCUCUUUGGCCCUUUUUUAUAUGGAUCACUGUGGAUAUGACAGAAGCUCCAUUCUGAGGAUCCUGAUAUCCAAGAUCUGUAUCUCAACAAAGAUGCAUCUAUUUCCUCAGGCACCCCACUCUCACUGAAGCCUGUUUUAUAAAAGAACUGUUUUGUUUUUUAUAUAUCUGUCGGUUUGGAAGAUAUUUUCACCAUGCUUACUUUCUACCGAGGUCAUGUUUUUAUAAAGGAGCGUGAUGGUUUAUCAGUUGUGUGCAAGGGAAAGCUUUUGGGGAAAAUACGUUCUAAUAGUAACAUAGUUUCUACGGACCAAGGAAUAUUAUUAUAUUAUUUUAUUCGUAUGAUAUUUUAUAAGCUUUUGCUGAGGUACAUUUUCACAGUUUUUGUAUGAUACAACAUAGAAAGUUCACUUUUGUUACCAAAUAGAAUGAUUUUUCAUUUUGUUGGCCCCCCAUUUGAGUUUUGUCUCAGUGGGUUAGGCAAGGUGGAAAUGGCAUACCUGUCCCAAUAAUCUGACUGGGGCUCCUCCAUUUGCCCUAAUGUUUAUUGGAACUGGACAGUAAAAUGCAGAUUAAGGGGUUGAUUUAUCAAGCAUGCCACAAAUUAUUACCUGGGCCGCUGCAUUUCGCAACGCCUCACGUUCUUAAUUCAGCAAGUGAUUUACCGAGAGUGAUAAUGUAAAGGAGCACAGUGGCAGCUGAGCUAAUUUGAAUGCACUGCUGUUAAUAUUUGCGACUGAAAGAACCGUCUGGUGCAUCUCUAAAAAGUAUCAUGGUUUCCAGCAUCAGAUACAGCAGCUUUGAAACACAUAUAAUCAAACAUGCCAAGCCACUGUUUUGCUGCGUAAAAGGGACAGUGGCAGUGUAAUUUUGUGUGGUAAAUUAAUGGCUUUGUUUGCAACAUCAAGAUUGUGGCUGCAUUGUGAUUCAUGUCCACACAGCUGGGACUCAGUCUCAGUGUUACGGUACACACCUGACAAUUAAUGCAAGAUGGUGUGAUUGUGUGUGCCAGGUUAAAUUGAAAAGAACUAUAGUCCAUGGUGCUGCAAAAGAGUUAAGGCGUGCUUUUUUAAAAUAAUUGUUAAAUAAUUUUACAGUUUCCACACCUGCCACCAAUCAUUAUGAAUCGGCUUAGCUGAUCAUUUGUAUAAAGUGCCAUGCCCUUCUAUAUUUUUGUGCUCCUAUAUCAUAACACUCUGAAAUGCAUAUGCAUUAGGCCACACAUGCAUUUUUUGACAGUGCACCUUGGUAAAUGAAAAUGGCUGCUGUUUGUUUUGUUUGAGUAUGACAAAAAACCUUGACAAAUCAGCCUCUAAAUCUCAACAGUCAUUAGACACCUUUCAUUAUCCUUCACGUUCCAUAAUGAUGAGAAAUAAAAAAUGGAGCUUGAUUUGGCAGGAGACUCGUCAGACAAUUGAGACAUACCCAUGUCCGCCUGCAGAUGUUUGCCUAGCUGCCUUAGAUCAUCCUGCCCAUUGGCCUGAAUUGAUUGGCCUCUCACUAGACUUUUUUUUAAUAUCAAAAAUGUUUUCAAUGAGUGUAGUGUAUACAUGUAUGAUGUUAAUGUGUGAUACACUAUCAGUGUAUUCUGGGAGACCAAGGCCUGUGAUUUCUAAUCAGUUUGCGGUUUUUGUACCAGAUUGCUUAAACUCAAAUCUAAACUUCAGCCCUCUCUGGCUCUGUGGUAAUGGUACCACCAUUUUUCACACCAACAAUGUGUUGAAAACAAAAAGUACUCAUUUUGUUCUCAUGUAUCUUCAGAAGGAGCAAAGAAGAAAGAUGUAAUAUAAGAGAAGGAGGAGUACAGCUUACAUGUGACCAGUCAUUUUAAAGAACAAUUUCAAACAGGGCAGUUAAGAGAGGCUUUAAGUUUGCUUUUGAGUUUGGGCCAAAGUGUUUGGAAGAAGAGCUUUAACACCAUCUCUGCCUUGUAGCCUGCAGUGCUCCCCUUUUUAAUUCACCUAUUGCUCAACAGAGUGCUGUUGGAGUUCAGCCUUGUUGAAUUUAGCUUUGUCCAACAUGGUGUCUCACUGCCUAAAACACUAGACUUACUUUUGCUACAAUCAGCCGUGCUAGAUAGGUGACCUUGUGCUUGGGCUUUUACCCUGGGACUAGCCAAUAACUGCUUACAGAAUCGGAUCCAACCACAUCUGUUGUCUUUAUCUCUUUCGGUGUCUCAGUUUAAUUCAGUUGGCUGAACAUGUAAAUGGAAAGCUUGGACUGACUCACUAAACUACUUAGUGACAAUGGCACUGUCAUUUAAAUAACAUUGCCUUACAAACCACUACCUAAGUAAGAGAGCGCUUUGUCUUGCUUAUUGUUUAUCACAGAGUAGCCUUUUUCUAUUGUAUAUUUAAAAAUUGACAAGAAAAUCAUGAGUAAAUGUGAUAGCUUGGCCAGCAUACUGCCAGUUGGUAGUUUUUAUGUCACUGAGGUAAUCACUUUGUAUAUUGUUACAGCAUAAUCAGCAUGCCUAAGAUGCUGCAAAGUAGAUAAACUGGUUGCAAAGUGAAAUAUUUACAUCCUGGCCUUUGGUCUCAAAAUGGGGGAGCUGUAACUUCCUGUCCUUUAUAUCACCGGUGCUGUAAUACUUUGAAAAGGGAUAGUUACACUUGUUCUGGGGAUAGGUUACAUCAUUACUGUACAGUAAGUAGAAUUUAAGUGACUUACUUUUUUCUGCUCUUUGGUCAGUUUGUAAAUUCACAUUUUAACUAACCAUUAUAAGCUGCAAAGCUAAAACCUGCCUGGGAUCUGAUGUUGUGGAAAAAGGUUCCCUCUCAUGUUGGUACCAGCGGUUGUUGAGCUUUUCCUCGCUGUUACAGUGACCACUAACAUUGCUCUUACCUAUGUGUACAUUAUGUGGUUUUAACAUUCGUAUGUAACAAUCUGGCAACUGUUGUGGUACCAUUGAGCCCAUUUUCCUCUUAUGUUCUCAAACAUAUGCAACAGUUGUAAUAUUUCAGAUACAAAGCUGCAUCAUUGCUUGAUGAUUUGAUCUAAUGAUGUCUUAUAUAAAGCUAUCACAGCAGGUUGAAACAUGAUGCAUUUUUCAGUAAUCCAGCCACAUUCUAGUGCGGUGCCAGUGGUUCUGCAACAGUUGAGAGGGAUGUGGAUUUUUUUUUUUUUAUUAUUAUCACUGGCAUGCCUUAUAAGAUCUUAGUCCAUUCCAAAACACUAGGUUAUUGGUUUAAUGUUAAUCCCAUUUAAUCCCCAAGUUUUUUUUUUUUUUUCAACUCUCAAAGACAUUAGAUCUCCAAUCGACUGACUUUGUUUCUUCCAUGUUCCCAGAUUCACGACUUUGUUUUUUUGCCUGUUUGAUUAUGGUGGUUUGGACAUCUCUUGAAGAACAGGUGCAAAGUACGUUGGUGUUGAUGCAACUAAUCAUUAGUAUGCAAAAAGUCAUCAUGUCCUGAUCCAGGCAGCUUUUUUUUUUUUUUUAAGGAUCUUUUCUUUGCUCGUGUUUACGGAAAAAAGUGCUCUUUCCUAUAACAUCUCUCUUGUUGUCUGUGACUUAUCAGUCCCUCCUUUUUCUGUUCCCAUAUCAUCCCUCCAUCUUGUCAAUAUAUGGUCUGUUGAUUAAGUCCCUUAAACAGCCAAUCAAUCCACCAGCUUUCUUCAAUGGAAGGUCAUGAAUAAAAAAAGCUUAAGUUGGCAUAUCGUU